AUGUUCUUCCUCGGGGUGCUAGGCUUUGCAGUUCACGGGGAUGAGGCCUUGCACUUCAUUUAUGAUCCAGACAAAAGAGAAGUAAAUCUCUUCUGUGACAAUCAGUUCAGGCCAAUCACUCCAGAAGUAAGUUUUUCUGUGUUCUGGGCAUUACAACUAGUUAUUGUCCUGGUUCCUGGAGCUAUUUUCCAUCUUUAUGCUGCAUGUAAAAGCAUCAAUCAGGAAUGCAUUCUUCAGAAGCCUAUCUACACUAUAAUUUAUAUACUCUCUGUUUUAUUAAGAAUUAGUCUAGAGGCAAUAGCAUUCUGGCUUCAGAUUUACCUCUUUGCUUUCCAAGUAAAAUCUCUUUACCUGUGUGAUGCUAGAUCUCUUGGGGAAAACAGGAUUAUAAGAUGCAUGGUUCCAGAACACUUUGAAAAAACCAUUUUUCUCAUUGCAAUGAAUACAUUUGCAGCAAUUACAAUGGUAUUAUGA